GGCUGACGGCGGCACCAUGCGGGCGGCGGCGGCGGCUGCGUCCGUGCCCUUCUUGCUGCUCUGCGCCCUGGGGACCUGCCCCCCGGCGCGCUGCGGCCCGGCAGGAGACGCCUCGCUGCCGGAGCUGGAGAAGAGGAGCGAAAACCGCUUCCUAGAGCGCCAGAGCAUCGUGCCGCUGCGCCUCCUCUACAGCUCGAGCAGCGGAGACGAAACUCGGCACAACGCGCUGAACACGCGAGUGCGGGGCGACCCCGGCGGCCGGCAGGUGAGAGUCGAGGCGCGACCCGGGGGUGGUCCUCCCGCCGCCCGGCCCACCGCGACCCCGCGUGUGCUCUCGGUUGCCCCGGAGACGCGAUGUCUUCUUGGGUGA